AUGGCUCAUCCACCUCAUCACGCACCGCAAGCACCCAACCGGCCCGCUGAGGUGAUCGUCGUCGGCGCAGGCUGGGGCGGCCUCGCUGCUGCCAGCACCUACGAACGCCUGGCACGUCUCCUCAACCGCUCUAUCAACCUCAGCAUCAUCGACGCACACUCCGCCGCCGGUGGCGUCUGGUCACCUGACCGCCUGUACCCCGGCCUGUACGCGCAUACGCCCACCGGCCUCUUUGAGUACGGCGACGCCACCAUGGUCGAUGCAGAGCACCCUAGAUACUCCCCGUUGAGCGGCUACGCGGUGGGCGAGUACCUGCAACGCUACGCACGAGACAAGGGGCUAUGGGAGCGGUGCCACUUCGACGAGCGUGUCGUACGAGUGGUGCGGCGUGGCGACGGUCCGAACACAGGGUGGCACGUCCGCACCGUUCGUGUCGAUGGUGACGGCGACAAGGACGGCGCGGGCACCACCGACUACGAAUGCGACAUCCUCCUCCUCGCCCCCGGCCUCUAUACGCGGCCGCGACCCCUGCCCUCACUACCCUCCCCCGGCACCUCCAACCCUUUUACCGGCAAAUCCUUGCAUUCCACGCAUAUGGGCCGCGAGCUUCCCGCCUUGGUCUCCGACGAUUCCAUUCGCCACGUACUGGUCGUCGGCUCCGCCAAGUCUGCCGCUGAGGCGUGCAGUCUGUUCCUUCCGGGCACCAGCGGGCAGGAGCGUGGCCGCUUCAGCGUGACGUGGCUGGUGGCGCCCAGCCCUAGAGGAAGGGGUGUGACGUUCUUACUGGCCGAUCUUGCGAAUCCGGGGGCGGAGAAGGCACUGACGCGAGCAGCGAGCUGCAUACAUUCAAGCUUGUGGGAUCACGGGGCUGGAGGUAUGUAUGAAUUCUUGCAUUCGGGAAGGUGGCUGGUGGGCAGUUGGCUGGUGGCGAUAUUUUGGGCCCUUUUGGAUUGCAUGGUUGGGUGGUCGGCAAGGAAGGUGUAUGGGAAGAGCGGAAAGGGUGAGGUGGUGCGUCCUAGCGGAGUAAGGACGGGCGUGGAGUGGGAGAUCCUCAAUUGUGUGCAGUUACCGCCCCAUCACGAGCUUGUCAAGGCAUUGAGCAAAGGGGAAGAUGGAAUGGUGGAGAUGAAGAGGGCGCGGGUCAAGGGACUAUCUGGGCGGGAGGCCACCCUCGCGGAUGAGGCGGGAAGGGAAGAGGGCGUGCCCUGCGACGCUGUACUGUGGUGCACGGGUUGGCUGCCGAGUGUGGACUUCUUCGAAGGAGAGGAACGCGAGAGGAUGGGCGCACCCAUGCCGCUCGAAGGAACGGACACUAAACAGGUCUACUUGAACAGCGACAUCAAUCUGACCAACUCAUCCAUGGUCGCCGCUGCGGAUAAGAGAGUCAUGGAGCUCUUCCCGCGCCUCAAAGACCCGCAUCCGCCGCCUGACCGUCCGCCCAAACACACCCCCUAUGCUCUGUUUCGGAACAUCAUCUCGCCCUGGUGCCUCACCCACGACGAUCGAUCAAUAGCCUUUGUCGACAUGAGCGCCACCGGCGCGACCGCCAUCGCCGCCCAGUUGAGUGCGCUCUGGGCCGCGGCUUGGUGUCAGGGAAUGCUUGAUCGCAAAGCUGUGCUUGGCCUGGACACAGGCACAACGAAUCUAGAGCAUAGAGCGGACGUAGCCGAAGAUGCCAUCGAGAGGGAGGCUUACUGGCAGACGGCCCAGGAGAUGGCAUUCCUGCGGCGGCGGUGGGGUGAGAAGCAGAGCCAGGACCUGCAUCUUGGCCCAGCUGUGCAGGCGUAUGCGGACCGGCUGUGUCUGGAUUUGGAGGUCAAAGUCGAGAGAAAGCGGACAGGGAAAGAGCAGGGCUUCAGACAAAGCUGGCGGGCUUGGGCGAGAGAAUGGUUCGAAGGGUAUGAGGCGAAAGAUUACGAAGGUGUGGUGGAGGAGUUUUUCGAGCGCUGGAAGAAGCGGGAGGGCAGGAGGGAGGGGGAGAGAAAAGGAGACAGCUUGAAGCUUGUCAACGGCGCUGAUGAUUAG